AUGCCACCUAAAAUAAACAAACAAAGUUUUAUUCAAAAUCAUCAAGAAACAACAAACUUAGCAUCAUCAUCAAAUAGUGAUAAUGAAGAUGAUAAUGAUAUUGUUAUUAUUCCACCACCAUCAAAUAAUUUAGCAGCUGAAAUAUUAUUAGAUAUAAAUAGGUUUCUAAAGGAUGAAAAUCAACGUUUAAAAGUUGAAAUUGAAAAUUUAAAGGCAAAGUUGUUCGAAAAAACAACAAUUGAUAGUGAAAACUGUGUUCUUCGAUUAGAUCGGGUUGCGUUGAAUCAAACAGAUCAAGAGCAGCAUCUGGUGCUGUAA